AUGCCCGAAAAAAUACAGACAUCUAGCCGCACGGGCAGGGGCCUUGUUGGGGCACCUGAAGGACUGCAUCACCACAGACCUCCAAGCGCUUGCCGCGCAGUUGGUGCAGGAGGCACCAGAAUCACUGGCGGCAGGACCACCAAGGAGUACGCUGCCACAUGGCGCCAGUUCUUCAGCUGGUGGGAGGCACACAAUUUUCCGGGAGACAUCUACUCCACCCCGGGGGAGCUGGUAGCCCUCUACGUGCUGGCCUUACUAAACAAGUCCAAGGCAAACGGUGUUGGGCCUGGCCGCGUUCGCCUCCCAAACGUGGCCAUAAGCACUUAUUUCCGCAUGGCAGGAAAGGCAGCCCCCACAGAACACACAGCCUGCAGCAUAGUCCGCACUUUAGCGGAAAAGCGGCUCCAUAGUCGACCGCUGCAGUGUGAUGCCUUGGAGCCGGAAGACAUUGCAGCGCUGGCUCGCCUAGUGUAG